UAUUUUCUGUGUGAUGGUGAAGAGGUGUGAUCUAAACAGACUGUCAUCAUAUAGGAAGUAGAGGGGUUUGUCAGAAGAACUGUAGUUCAGAGAAAGUCACUUGCCAGUGGAACAGAAUGGACAACACAUUGCUCUGUGUGCUGCUCUUGCUGAGUAUCCUCAUCUACUGUGGACACUGUGGUGAAGAUGAUGAGAGAUGUGAGGCUGUUCUGACCCUCCAACCUAACUGGACCCAGAUAUUCAGUGAAGAGACUGUCACUAUGAGAUGUGACAUACAGGGGGGAAGAGACUCUGACUGGCAGUAUGAGUGGCAUAACAACAGGAAGUUAGUCUACUCUAACAAAAAGCCAGAGUACAGAAUCAGUCCUGUUUACACAUUUAACAGUGGUUCAUAUACCUGUGAGGGUGUGAAGGGAAUCAAGCGCUCUGAAACCAGUGAUCCUGUACAACUGACUGUGUCUGCUCUUCCCAGUGCCUCAGUGAGUGUCUCUGCUCCGGGUCCCCUCUACUAUGGAGAUACAGUCAGUCUGCAGUGUGACAUACCAGACUACACAGACUUGAUGUACUACUGGUACAAAAACAACCAACCAGGUUACAGUACACAUGGUAAAACCCUCACAAUCUCUCUCCCUGACCAGGAUGGUCAGUACCAGUGUUGGGGGACCAGGAGAGAUCGGCCCCAGAAGUCUCAACUCAGCAGAGCCCUCUCUAUCCAGCUCACUGCUCUACCCACGGCCUCAGUGAGUGUCUCUCCUCAGGGUCUCCUCUACUCUGGAGAGACAGUCAGUCUGCAGUGUGACAUACCAGACUACACAGACUGGACGUACCACUGGUCCAGAAACAACCAACCAGGUUCCGGUACACAUGGUAAAACCAUCAACAUCUCUCUCCCUGACCAAGAUGGUCAGUACCAGUGUCUGGGGACCAGGAGAGAUCGGCCCCAGAAGUCUCAACUCAGUGGAACCGUCCUCAUCAGAUCAACUGCCCUGCCCAAAGCUGAACUGAGUGUAGAGCCAAACCCUGUGUUCCCUGGAGAGACAGUUACUCUGACGUGUUCAGUAGAGUCUGACAGUAUCUGGAACUAUCAGUGGUACAAAGACAGGAAUGAUAAUGUAGUACCUCAGUCUGUCAGACACACUAUAACAGGAGACACCCUCACCAUCAGUAGAGUUACUGAGUCUGACCAGGGUCUCGACUGGUGUCAGGGAGAGAGAAGAUCCAGACCCACAUCUUCACAACAUAGUAAUGUUAUUACCCUCACUGUGACUGAUUAUCAGCCAUCGACUACACUGACUUCAGACAAAGAGGACGUAUUCACAGGAGACAGUGUGACACUGAGCUGUACUGUAGAGUCUUCUGGAUGGACGUUUUACUGGUACAGACACAGACCAGACUCUACACCAGUAACCACAACCUCUGGAUACUCCUACACACUCAGCUGGGUCAGUGUCUCUGAUGGAGGACAGUACUGGUGCAGAGCUGGGAGAGGAGACCCAGUCUACUACACUCUGUACAGUGACCCAGUCCAGAUAAACAUUACUGAUAAACCCAAGGCUGUCCUGAGUAUCUCUCCUCAGUGGCUGAACCCUGGAGACUCAGUGACUCUGAGCUGUGAAGUUGACAAGACGUCUACAGGCUGGAGGUUCUCCUGGUACAGGACUGUUCCCUACAGAGCUGGGUUACCCUCCCUAUCAGACAAGUCUUACUCUCUACUGCCCCAAUCUGACAAUGUGACUAGUGAAGACUCCUACACUCUGAUCCCUGCUGGUCCUACUCCCACAGGAGGAUAUGUGUGUAGAGCUGAGAGAGGAGACCCAGUCUAUAACACACUCUUCAGUGAACCUCAGUUUCUCUGGUCAGGAGAUCUGCAGCCUUCAGUGUCUCUCAGAAUAAGUCCCAACACAACUCAACACUUUAGAUCAAAGUCUCUCUCACUGAGCUGUGAGGAGAAGGGGAACUCUACUGGAUGGAGACUGAUGAGAUACACAGAGAGAGGAGUAGAGUCAGGGUGUGUCUCUAACUGGGGAUCAAUAACAGGGUCCACAUGUACCAUCAGGUCAACAUACACAUGGUUCAGUGGAGUGUUCUGGUGUGAGUCUGGAUCAGGAGAGUACAGUAAUGCUGUCAACAUCACAGUGGAUGAUGGUUAUGUGAUCCUGGAGAGCCCUGUCCAUCCCAUGACUGAAGGAGACUCUGUGACUCUGACCUGCAAAUACUGGACAACCAGCUCAAACAUCAAGGCUGAUUUCUACAAAGAUGGAGUACUCAUCAAGAAUGAGACCACAGGAGAGAUGACCAUCCCUGCAGUAUCCAAGUCAGAUGAAGGAUUCUACAAAUGCAAAUCCCCUGACAAGGGAGAAUCACCAGAGAGCUGGAUGACAGUGAGAGUCGUAUCUCCUGGAUCCUCUACAUCAGUCCUAGUAGGAGUGGUUGUGGGUCUGGUUGUUGCUGGUGUUCUACUGGUCAUUCUCCUGGUCCUGCUGUGGAGAUUUAAAAACACCAAAGGUUCCUGUUUCAACAGAAUAUUCUCGAACCCCCAGCCCCAGAGCACCAACCAGGACCCCCAACAGGACCAAGGAUCUACCCAGGGCCGAGCUCCUGAUGCUGGGUAUACACUUCUGCAGCAUGAUGGUGGUCACAUCUACGACACGAUCAAUCCCUCAGACAACAAUGUUAAUGAUGCUGCUGCUGGACCAAGUCAUGUGACAUACGCCCAGAUUCAACUCAAAAAGUUGGACAAGAAAAAGAAAGAAAAGCCAGCUGAUCCAAAAGAAAGUCCAGUCUACUCUGAGGUGCAGACAGGGAAAGCCACAGCAGCUGGACCUGUUGAUGUGACCUAUGCUGAGGUUGUCCUCAAAAAGAAGACCAAAGCUAAGAAGAAGAGAGAAACAACCCCACCAGAGGCAGAUUCAGUCUAUUCUCAACUGAAGCCAGACACAACCCCAGGUCCUUGAGGGAGACGGAGGGACACACCAUCAGAGGAGAAGCAGGAGCAAUCUGGGAACAUGGGUUAUGCAUGCUCAACGCACGCAAGCACACACACAUGCAGGCAUGCUCACACACACACACAAAUAAAAACGCGCACGUACACACACACACGCCCACGAACACACAAAUACAGAAAAAACGUUCAUUUCUACAAGUGAACAUGUGCAGUAUUCCAAAAGCACUUGUGAUCUUAUGUUAAGUUAAUGUGAUAACGUGAUCUUAUGUGAAGUUAAUGUGAUAACAUGUGAUCUUAUGUUAGGUUAAUGUGAUAACGUGAUCUUAUGUUAAGUUAAUGUGAUAACAUGUGAUCUUAUGUUAAGUUAAUGUGAUAACAUGUGAUCUUAUGUUAGGUUAAUGUGAUAACGUGAUCUUAUGUUAAGUUAAUGUGAUAACAUGUGAUCUUAUGUUAAGUUAAUGUGAUAACGUGAUCUUAUGUGAAGUUAGUGUGAUAACAUGUGACAACAUAUGAAGCAACAUGUGAUGACAGAAACUGCACAUGUGAAAACGUGAUUUCACUUUACAUUCUCAUGUGUUUUUUCUGUGAGGGACACACACACAAUAACACCUUGUACAUUAAGGAUUUGUAUGUUAUUUUAAUUUACCAGAUAAAUACAACAAAUAUAUUACAUUUAACCGUGUGUAUUACUGUAACAGCUUAAAUAAAUGAUAUGGUGUAAUGCUGAUAGAUCUUACAAACAGCCACAGUAAUUCUAUCUGCUUUGUAUUGUGUAUUACUGUAACAGCUUAAAUAAAUGAUAUGGUGUAAUGAUGAUAGAAUUACUGUAGCUGUUUAUAAGAUCUAUCUGCUUUGUAUUGUGUAUUACUGUAACAGCUUAAAUAAAUGAUAUGGUGUAAUGAUGAUAGAAUUACUGUAGCUGUUUAUAAGAUCUAUCUGCUUUGUAUUGUGUAUUACUGUAACAGCUUAAAUAAA